AUCCAAGGCCGCGAUAGCAAAAGCCUUCCCACUCCCUUCCCUUCCAUCCCAGACGCCCAUAGCCCCGACGGCCGCCGGCCGGCAAGAAGGCGUCGUCCGCACCGUCGCCCAUGGGGCCCCAGCAGGACCGGUCGGCGUCCAAGGCGCUCGCCAACGGCACGGCGGUGGCGCCCGAGAGGAAGGACGGCAAGGUGGUGCACUACAAGGAGUGCCAGCGCAACCACGCCGCCGGCAUCGGCGGGUACGCCGUGGACGGCUGCCGCGAGUUCAUGGCGUCCGCCCCCGCGGGCGCCGAGGCGCUCCUCUGCGCGGCGUGCGGCUGCCACCGCAGCUUCCACAAGCGCGAGGUGGAGGCCGUCGACUGCGACUGCUCCUCCGACACCUCCGGCCGGUGAUCGCCGCCGCCCGUCGCUGCCCAAGCCUGCUGUUCUCUUGCUGGCUCGUCCGGGUAGACCGGCAUCGGCAGGUAAGGCGUGGUGGACGUUGAGAUGACUCCAUUCGAUCUCGAUCGAUCUAUCAAUCAAAUACAUAUAUAUGGCCCGGUUAAUUUAUCUUCUUCCUCCUCCUCUUCCUGGUAUUGGGAUUAAUUUGGUGCUCGAUUGUGUGUGAUGUAAUUAACAUAUCCGUACGUGUAGCAUAUGCGUGUUGAUGAGAAUCCAAACUGGUGCGUGUGUAGAUCGAUCGGUGAGAUGAACAUGUUGUAAUUUGUACAGAUUUGUGCUUCUUGUUUGGAACCAGCGGUUAAUAAGAUAUGCCUCUGAAUUAUGGAUUGA